AACAUUAUUUAUUCAUAGCACUACCGCUAAUGUGCUGCGUGGAGAAUUCUCGAACUACAUACUUGUAUUUUGGCCAGUCAGGUGGUUGGUUGUGUCCAUUUUGUCUAGUGAUUGGAGAGCAUCUCAUAAUCGCAGUGAUUGGUUCUGAGCAGUUCUUUUAAACGCGGGUGCUAUGUGAUUUAGCGCGCGAAUAAAAUUUAUAGCAUUUUGUUAAUAUUUUUGUUAAGCAUAAAUACAUAGUACAACUCCCAAGAUGUCUGUGUUCUUUGUGAACGCGGCCGACGGAGAAGUAGAAGGAGAAACAUCUGUACCAGCAACAACUCCUGCUGUUACCCAGUCACAGUCAGAAGCUCAACAAGCACUAGCCACAUUCUGGACAAAAGUUACUGAAGAGAUUCGUAAAAUUGGAACUCUGGAUUUGAAGACACAGGCACUUCCACUUGCUAGAAUAAAGAAGAUCAUGAAGCUUGAUGAUGAUGUGAAGAUGAUAAGUGCAGAAGCACCCAUGCUGUUUGCUAAAGCAGCAGAAAUAUUUAUUCAUGAAUUAACGCUUCGAGCUUGGGUGCAUACUGAAGAUAACAAGCGGAGAACACUUCAGCGAAAUGAUAUAGCAAUGGCAAUCACAAAAUUUGACCAGUUUGAUUUCUUAAUUGACAUUGUCCCUCGAGAUGAAUUAAAGCCCAACAGAGGACGUGAUGAUGCUAGUGUUCGAACUACUUCCAUGAAUCCUGAUCAGGUCCACUAUUAUUUUCAACUGGCUCAACAGCAUCAAGCUGCUUUGCAACAAACAGCCCAACAGUCAAGUUCAGGUACCCAGACAGCAGCUGCAGUACCAACAAUUCAAAUAGUGCAGCCUGCAACUGGACAAGUGCAGACUGUCAGUGUUGCCAAUCCAGCAGUUGAACAGACAACAACAAGUACUGCUGCUACCAACAGUGGCACUACUACAUCAGUAUCUGCACAGCAGCAGGUUACAGCAGCAACUCAGCCACAACAUACAGCACAGGUUAUACAACUGCAGCAGACAAAUCAGGCAGCUGUGGCAGCAGUGGCUCAACAGCAGCAACAACAGCAGCAGGGUGGUGGGAUCCAGAUAGUACAACAGAUAGUCACACCGAAUGGAGAGAUUCAGCAGAUUCCGAUUCAACUGACUCCAUCUCAACUUCAAAUGAUCCGAAUGCAAAUGCAAGGUGGAACAAACCAGCCAAUCAUUAUCCAGACAGCUCCAAUCCAAGCUAUUCAACAACCUGCAACCCAGCCACAAAUCAUCCAGGUAGCACAACAGUCAGGGGGAGGAACUCCUGUAUAUUUAACCCAAACAAAUGCAGGGAAUGAAACAGAAUAACAUUCAACAAAAUUAUGAUACAUUGGUUAGCAGGAUGCAACUAAUAGAAUUUCAAACAGUCUGAUCUCUGUUCUUGCAAACAGGCAUGUACCUCUCCAAAAAUAUUGUGUCUACUGAUGAGCAGCAUAUAAAAAUGUACUUCUGAAGUUGCAAGUUUGGAUGGUUCCCUGUAAUGGGAAAGUUGUAAAUGUAUGUAUGUAAUGUUUUGUUAGAACAGACAGUACGUUUGGUAGUUGAUGUCCGAACAUUUUGUCAUACCAAAGUGUAAGCAGUUUUGAUCUAAAGAAUAUGAUGUUUGUUACCAGUUACCAGUGGCAUUUGAUGGUAUAUUAACUUUUAUGGUGUGUGAGCUUGUGUCUGGAAUCAGUUUGAUGUGCUGGUGGAGAAACUGAACUAACCUCACUGUGGCUUAAAUCUGAAAGUCACAUGUUACAAAAUAAACUGGCUUGUAGAAAUAGUAAUAACCACAUAUACUUACUAUGUUUGCUUUUACAUUUCAGUAUGUAUUUUUUUUUCUUAAAUCGACAGGUAAUUAAAAGUUUUAGUAUAAUA